AUGGCUGCUGCCCCUCGAGGUGGUGCUACUGAACAGGAUAUCCGGAAAUUCUUUGGGGUUGUACCUCCUGGAAAAAGACAAGAAUGUGAGAAUGUGAAAAAGAAUGAAAAAAUAAAAAAUGGGGAAGGGACCUCAGGUGGGAAGAAAAGAGGAAAGGAGGCUAAGGUGAAUUCAUCCAGUGAAGAAGAUUCCAAACGAAAGCCAACGAACAGGAAAAAACGAAUAAUAUACGAUUCAGAUUCAGAAGAGGAGGUGCAGUCAGUGAAAAAGUCCAAGAAGUCACCUGAGAAAAAAGCAGCUACUUCAAAACUUGGUAAAGUUCUAAAGCAGGAUCCUGUUGUUUAUGUUUCAGAGACAGAUGAAGAUGAUGACUUUGUUAACAAGAGAAUUUCUCUGAAACCUAAGGAGAAUGGGACAUCAGCAGUCGGUUGCCCAGGAACAACUGUAGUGAAAAAGGAAGAUGUAAAACUACGAGCUAAAAACAAACCCCUCUCGCCAGUGAAGCUGACCCCCACCUCAGCACUCGAUUUCUUUGGGACAAGUAGCAUCCAGCGAUCGGAGAGGAAACUGGUAGCAAGUAAGAGGAAAGAACCCUCAAAAAGCAGAGACUGCACAUUGGACGAUGAGGCCAUUGCCAGGCAACUGCAGCUUGAUGAGGAUUCAGAGCCUCGGAAAGAUUCAGAAGAGCAAACAGUUGUGAGCACCAAGAGCAGUCCUAAUGUGACAGAAAGAUACAAACGUUCACCAAAAGUGAAAGCAGCCAACUCAACAGAUGAAGCAAAGAACUAUACUGUAAAUACUACAUCUGAAAACUCAAAAGGGUCUCGUUUGCCCCUCCAGUCAUCUGAUGGUGGAAUAGCAAGAGAGCUGGUAGAUAAGACCUUGCCUUUGAAACCGAGCUCUAAGCUUGUGGCCCUGAAACAAAAAGAUGAGAGCACCGAGAAGGAAAGAGGUGCUCCAAGUGUGUUAUCGAAAGGAAAAAAUGCUUCGGUGAAAGAAGAGAAGAGAACACCAAAGAAGCAGAAAACUUCUCCCCAAAAGCCUGAGUCUAUAAGUCCUGAGGACUCUGAAAAGAAACGAAUAAAUUAUCAGGCCUACAGGAGCUUCCUAAAUCGCGAGGGUCCGAAAGCUCUGGGCUCAAAAGAGAUACCUCAGGGAGCUGAGAACUGCCUGGAAGGCCUGACGUUCGUCAUUACCGGGGUUCUGGAGUCCAUUGAAAGAGACGAGGCCAAGUCUCUGAUUGAGCGUUACGGAGGGAAGGUGACUGGCAACGUCAGCAAGAAGACCAACUACCUGGUAAUGGGGCGAGACUGUGGCCAGGCUAAACGUGAAAAGGCAUCAACCUUAGGGACAAAAGUGCUGGAUGAGGAUGGCCUCUUUGAUCUUAUUCGGACUAUGCCAGGCAAAAAGUCCAAAUAUGAAUUGGCAGCUGAAAUGGAGGCAAGAAAAGCAGAGCCAAAACAGGAAAAGACACCACAGAAAAGUGAAGCUGGAAGAAGAAAAUUUAGUCCCUUCAAAAGAGAAGCGGAUAAUAAAAAGAAGAAUUCCACUCCUGAUAAAGGAGGCACCCACAAGUCUGUUAAGAAAGAAGCUACUGCUGUUCGAAGACUUGAAGACUUCAAACCGCAACCUGCAGAGAAGAAAGAGGCCUCAAAGCCUGGGGGGACCUUGGUUUCUGAGAGGAGCGAGGACGGAGCCGAGAAGCUGCUGUGGGUAGAUAAGUACAAACCUACAUCUCUCAAGGCAGUAAUUGGGCAGCAGGGCGAGCAAAGCUGUGCCAAUAAACUGCUUCGAUGGCUCCGGAACUGGCACAAAAACACAGCUGAAGACAGACGAGCAAAGACAAGUAAAUUUGGAGGCAAAGAUGAUGGUACUAGUUUUAAAGCAGCGUUACUUUCUGGCCCACCAGGAGUUGGUAAAACUACUACAGCUGCUUUAGUUUGUGAGGAGCUGGGGUACAGCUACGUGGAGCUGAAUGCCAGUGAUACGCGCAGUAAAAACAGUCUGAAGGAAGUGGUUGCUGAAUCGCUUGACAACACCAGCAUCAGAGACUUCUGUUCUGGCUCUUCCUCAUCAGUUAGUGGGAAGCACGUAUUGAUCAUGGAUGAAGUGGAUGGGAUGGCAGGCAAUGAAGACAGAGGAGGGAUUCAGGAGUUGAUUGGUUUAAUCAGACACACAAAGAUACCCAUCAUCUGUAUGUGCAAUGACCGAAACCAUCCUAAGAUUCGGUCUUUGUCCCACUACUGUUUGGAUCUUCGUUUUCAGCGACCUCGUCUAGAACAGAUUAAGGGUGCCAUGAUGUCUAUUGCAUUUAAGGAAGGCUUAAAAAUCCCACCACCUGCUAUGCAUGAGAUAAUCUUGUCAGCAAAUCAGGACAUCAGACAGAUUUUGCAUAAUCUUAACAUGUGGUGUGCAAAAGAUAAAUCAUUGACUUACGAUGAGGCGAAAACAGAUGCCAGCAAAGCCAAAAAGGACAUCAAACUGGGCCCUUUCGAUGUUGUCCGGAAGGUUUUUGCUGCUGGAGAGGAGGCUUCUCACAUGUCUCUUAUAGACAAAUCAGAUCUGUUCUUCCAUGAUUAUUCCCUAGCACCUCUCUUUGUCCAAGAGAAUUAUAUACACGUGAAACCGGCUGCCGCUGGAGGGAAUCUGAAAAAGCACUUGGUGCUCUUGAGUAGAGCAGCUGAUAGUAUAUGUGAUGGUGAUCUCGUGGACAGACAGAUUCGUAGCAAGCAGAACUGGAAUCUUCUUCCAACACAGGCUAUUUAUUCAAGUGUUCUGCCGGGGGAGCUGAUGAGAGGAUACAUGUCCCAGUUUCCUGUCUUUCCCAGCUGGCUGGGGAAAUUUUCAUCCACAGGCAAACAUGAUCGCAUCGUUCAGGAACUGACAAUGCACAUGAGUCUCAGAACCCAGACCUGCAAGAGGACACUGAACAUGGAGUACCUGCCCUACCUGCGGGAUGCACUUGUGAAGCCCUUGCAAGACUUGGGAGCAGAUGGCGUGCAAGAUACUGUGGCAUUUAUGGACUCUUACUGCUUGAUGAAAGAAGAUGUUGAAAGUAUCAUGGAAAUAAGCACCUGGGGAGGCAAACCCAGUCCUUUUUCUAAACUGGAUCCUAAGGUGAAGGCAGCUUUCACCCGGGCCUACAACAAGGAGGCCCAUCUGACCCCGUACGCGCUGCCUUCUGCCAAGUCCUCCAAAAGGCAGGUGGGAUCCGUGGCGGCCUCAGAGCUGAGCGAAGACUUGAACGUGGAAGAGACCCCAUCUGACGAGGAGGAGCAAGACACUGUUGAAAACGACGCCAUGAUUAAGCAAAAAAAGGUAAAGUCUUCCAGGCUGCCGAAACCAGAGAAAAAUGAAGAAACAACAAAAAAAGAAGGUAAAAGAAAAGAGAAAACAAGGCGCUAAACAGUGUAAGCUUGCUAUGGAUGCAGCUUUGCUUACCUAACUUUUGGCUGGAGCCUGGAACAGAUUUGGUAAUGUGGCUGGGGAGGUAGAACCAGUGCGUUGAAAAUGCACCUCUUAUAGAGGUGAUGACUUUAUUCUCACACUAUGCAGUGCUGUAAUUGCUCUAACUUGCUACAGAGUUAUCAGCUAUAACUACUCUUGUAAAACAAGCACCCGGGUGCAUGAAC